AUGAUUUCAAGAGGAAUAUGGAGGAAGAGACGGAACCUCUACAUAUGCUCCCUCUGUAACCGCUUGCCCGCCACCCGAACACCUGCCGCAUUCGCCCACGCUCUACGAUGGACGAGUUCCGAUUCUUCCUCCUCUGACAAUAAGGGAGGUCCAGCGGUGCCUAAGUCUACUGGCUGGGGUUCAUCUUCUACUUUCGUUCCUCGGACACCCAAGAAGACGACCGAAUCCCAUGACCUCUCGCCGGAUGAACUGGCGGCGCGUCGCGCUCUGCAGCCCAGUUCUGCUUCCAACGGACAAGGACCUAGGUCCAAUUCGCAACAACCCCGGAGAUCGAACCAAUAUUAUACCCCCAGGGCCGAUUCGAAAAGCUCUACGUCGCACAAGCCUAACUGGGAUGGGCCAGCAAGUUUGAGAUCUGGGAAUGGAAACAACGCCGCGGGACAGAACCGCGGUGGGGGCAACCGUCCUCAGAGGCGGAAUGAUAGGGGUCGGUCGUCAUGGGGGGGUCAGGAAGGGGCUAGAAUGGCGUCGCCGAAUGUGACCGGUGCGGACGAUUUUUGGAGUCUUUUUGGCCCGAAGGGUUCUGGUGAUAAGAAGGGUGGUGCGGGAGUGAGUGCGGAGGACGAUUUGCCUACCUGGAGUGGGCUGCCUAGGCGCCCCUGGAACAAUAACGGCUACAGCAGGAACAAUAAUAAUAACGACAAUUCAGCGGAUGUGAGCCAAAUUAGCCAGGGAGCUUGGGGCCGCCUCUCUCAAGCUGGAGGUGGUGGCACUGCUAAAGGCCAGCAGCGGUCCAAUACUUCUCAGAAGGGAGGGACGCGACGAAACCAAGAGUCCCAGGCUCCCUUCCGGCGUGCUAAUCAGCAAUCGGAGUCCUCCAACACUUGGUCAACGAACUUCGGCCAGGCGGCGGAUUCUAGGAGGACAAGUGGACGGAACUGGACCGAGUCAUCGCCGUCGAAGAAUGCUUGGUCCUCGGGAUCCAACCAAUUCCGAAGGAGCCAGCCCGAGAAUGAGGUACCUAGUCCUGUCGAGAUGACCCCUCCCGAGCCAAGCAGAUCCACCGAUUCAGACUGGGGUUCGAGGCAAGCUCACUCCCUCGAAGCGGAUCGACAUUCGCCAAGGCCUAAGAAGUCAAGGGGGGCUAGGUGGUCAAACAGACGCGACCAGGACGAUGAAGAUGGGUAUGAUGAGGACGCUGAGAUCCUUGCCGAAGAGAGGCGACGUCUGAAGGCGGAAGAAAAGGCCGCCCGAAAGGCUAGGAGGGCGGAGAAAGAGGUGGAGACCAAGGCGCAGAUAUUCCUGCCCGAGUAUAUUGGCGUCACUGACCUUGCUAAUGCUCUCAAGGUCAGAGUUGGCGACUUCCUCAAGGCACUCGAGCAGCUCGGCUUCGAAGAGGUCACCGAGGAUUCGAUCUUCACUGGCGAGACGGCCGGCCUCGUUGCCCAGGAGUUCGGUUUCGACGUUAGCAUUGACGAUGGCGCGAGCCGGGAUAUCAAGCCCCAGCCGCCACCGGAGGACUGGGACAGCGUGCCUUCACGACCUCCCGUGGUUGCCAUCAUGGGCCACGUCGAUCACGGCAAGACGACCCUCUUGGAUUGGCUCCGGAAAUCAUCGAUUGCUGCCCAGGAACACGGUGGAAUCACCCAGCACAUUGGCGCCUUCGUGGUUAACCUGUCUUCUGGUAAAUCCAUCACCUUCCUCGAUACUCCCGGCCAUGCGGCCUUCCUUAGCAUGCGGCAGCGCGGUGCCGAGGUGACAGACAUCGUCAUUCUCGUUGUCGCUGCUGACGACAGCGUCAAGCCCCAAACCCUCGAGGCGUUGAAGCACGCUCGCGAUGCCAAGGUGCCCAUCAUCGUGGCCAUCACCAAGGUCGACAAGGAGGAUGCGCGGAUUGCCCAGGUCAAAUCCGAUUUGAGUAAGCACGGCGUGGAGCUGGAGGAGUACGGCGGUGACGUGCAAGCCGUCUGUGCCAGCGGAAAGACUGGCCAGGGCAUGAGCGAUUUGGAAGAGAAUAUCCUCACACUAUCGGAAAUUCUUGAUGUGCGGGGUGAUCCUGACAGUUUGGCCGAGGGCUGGGUUCUCGAGGCGAGUGUAAAGCCUGUCGGAAAGGCGGCCACCGUUCUCAUUAAGCGUGGAACGCUACGCGUGGGAGAUUACCUCGUUUGCGGCACGGCGUGGGCCAAGGUUCGAGUGCUCCGAAACGAAGCUGGGCAGGAGCUCCAAGAGGCCCCCCCUGGCACGCCUGUCGAGGUCCUCGGAUGGAGGGACGAGCUUCCUAAUGCCGGAGACCAAGCGCUUCAGCCACCGGAUGAGGCGCGGGCGAGGGCGGCUAUCGACUACAGGAGGGAGAUGAAGGAGCGGCAAAAGACUUUGGAUCACAUCGCAGAGACAGAACACCUACGCCGACAGGCCGAAGCCAAGGCCGAAAUCGAAGCCGCAGUCGCUGAGGGCGAAGGGGGAUCACAGGAAGCUGCUGAAUUGGAGCCCAGCAUGACCACCGUCAACUUCAUCGUCCGCGGCGACGUCGUCGGGUCCGUCGAAGCUGUUUGCGCCACCAUCCAAGAAAUCGGCAACAACGAAGUGCGACCCAAGAUCCUCCGUUCCGCCGCGGGCCCCAUCAUCGAGUCCGACGUCGAGUACGCCAGCAUGUCGCGCAGCGUCAUCGUCAACUUCAACAACCCGAUCCCGGGCCACAUCAAGCACCAGGCCGAGGAGGCGGGCGUCAAGAUCAUCGACCGGAGCGUCAUCUACCACUUGGCGGAUGACAUCAAGGCUGAGCUGUCGGCGCAGCUGCCCGAUAGCGUGUCGCAGAGGGUGCUGGGCGAGGCGGAGAUUCUGCAGGUGUUCCCUAUUAAUGUCAAGGGGCGAGUGUAUAAGAACAUUGCCGGCUGUAGGAUUAGGAAUGGGGCUCUGAGGAAGGUGGAUACGGUGAGGAUCUUCCGGAAGGGAAAGAAGAUAUUUGACGGCAAACUCGAAUCUUUGAAGCACGGCAAGAAGGACGUUUCCGAGAUGAAGAAGGGAUCCGAGUGCGGUCUGGGCUGUAUCGACUUCCAGGACCUCAUGGUCGGCGACCAGAUCCAGGCGUACGAGGAGGUCCGCGAGAAGCGAACGUUGUAG